AUGCUGUGCACAAGGAGAACUAAAACUUUGGUGUCGACAUGCGUAAUCCUGAGCGGCAUGACCAACAUCGUGUGUCUGCUGUACGUCGGCUGGAUCACCAACUAUGUGGCCAACAGCGGUCCCAAAGUUGCGGAGAGCGUCGGUGGAGGAGAGGCGGAGAGAAAGUUGGAGGAGGACAGUAAAGGGGAAACCCUGAGGAUUAUAGAGAGGCUGGACCGGCUGGAGAGCGUCGUCAACGAGCACAUUAAAGAUACCCCACUGAAGGAUGGUGAAAACACUGCAUCCUCAUCAGACUCCGCCUCAGACCCCGCCUCCACACUGUUUGACCACUGGGGUCACGACCUGGGCCCAGAGAGUCGAAGGGUCGCCCUCAAGAAGUUCCGUUACUAUGGCUACAACGGCUACCUUAGCGACCGCAUCUCCCUCACUCGGCCAAUCCCGGAUUUACGACCAGACGGAUGCAGAAACAUGUCGUAUUCAUCAGACCUUCCUCAGCUCAGCGUCAUCUUCAUCUUUGUCAACGAGGCCCUGUCGGUGUUGCUACGCUCUGUGCACACGGCCAUCCAGAGGACUCCGUCACAUCUGCUCAAAGAGAUCAUACUGGUGGAUGACCACAGUAGCAGCUUGGAGCUGAAAGAUCACUUGCAGAGCUUUGUGGAUGAAACCAAUGCUCAGCAUGGCCCGGGGUUCAUCAAGGUGGUUCACCACGACAAGCAGGAAGGACUGAUCAGGUCCAGAGUCAGCGGGUGGAGGGCUGCUUCAGCUCCCGUUGUCGCUCUGUUUGACGCACAUGUGGAGUUCAACACUGGAUGGGCAGAACCUAUUCUUCAGCGAAUAAAGGAGGACCGGACACGGGUAGUAUCUCCCUCUUUUGACAACAUCAAAUACGACACCUUCGAGAUCGAAGAGUACCCACUGUCUGCUCAGGGUUUCGACUGGGAGCUGUGGUGUCGAUACCUCAACCCACCAAAGUCCUGGUGGACUCAACGAAACCACACUGCCCCUAUCAGGAGCCCCGCUCUGAUCGGCUGCUUCGUGGUCGACAGGAAGUACUUUGAGGAGAUUGGCCUGCUAGACGAAGGCAUGGAAAUUUAUGGAGGAGAAAACGUGGAGCUGGGUAUCAGGGUAUGGCAGUGUGGCGGCAGCGUGGAGGUCCUGCCCUGCUCCAGGAUUGCUCACAUCGAACGAGCCCACAAACCGUACACAGAGAAUCUGACGGCUCAUGUACGCCGUAACGCUCUGAGGGUGGCUGAGGUCUGGAUGGACCAGUACAAGAGUCACGUCUACAUGGCCUGGAAUGUUCCACUGCAGAACUCAGGAAUAAACAUCGGGGACAUUUCUGGGAGAAAGGCCCUGCGAUCCAGACUCCAGUGCCGACCGUUCAGCUGGUUCCUCUCUAACAUCUACCCUGAGCUCCGAUCCUACAGCAACACGGUUGCUUAUGGAGUGUUGAAGAACAGUCUCAGAGAUGACCUGUGUUUGGACCAGGGACCGGACACUGACAAUGUUCCUAUCAUGUAUCUCUGUCAUGGUAUGACACCACAGCAGAACGUGUACUUCACCAGCUCCCAGCAGCUUCACCUGGGAGUGCUGAGUCCGACGAUUGAUGACGACGACAACAAGUGUCUGGUGGACGUGAACAGCAGACCAAGACUUCUGGAGUGCAGCUACGCAGCUACCAAGCACAUGAAGCUCACUUGGACAUUCAGCCAGGGUGGCUCCAUCCAGAACACAGAGUCUCAGCGUUGUCUGGAGUUGGUGGAGAGUAGACAGUCAGAGUUCAGUUUCCAGCUGGCCAUUCAGGACUGCACCGAUCAGAAAUGGACCAUCACUAACAUACUGACUGUCCUGCCUCAGUGA